UCUUUGACCCAGUAAAUAAUUUUACUAAGUUUUUUAACAAAUCUUAAUUUUAAAUUAAGUUCCGCAAUUAUAAAAAUUGAAACAUGCCGACAAUACUUCAUGUCCGUCUCCCCCUACCAAAUUUGAAAAUGUACGUAACAGCCAGUAUUCUGGUUACCCUUGUGACAGUCGUCAUCGCCAGCUACUGGACUGACGAGGUGGAAGCUAGCAAGUUACAAGCGGUCAUUGACUGGGUCGACGUUUUCAAUUUUAUCAAGAAAGAUGAGCAAGAAAAUACAAACUUUUUUAAAAAGACCAUCCAACUUUUCAAAAGAAUGGCCAAAGAGCCAUGGUGUCUUGUGAUCUUGAUGAACCAGGCAUAUUGUUUUUUAAUAUUGUUGGGUAAAGUCAUUCAAAUGUUUGUAUUUGGCAAGCUGAGAGUCAUCGAACAACAACACAUCAGAGAUAAGUUCUGGAACUUUGUCUUUUACAAGUUCAUUUUCAUAUUUGGAAUUCGUAGUGCUCAGGAUACAGGUGAAAUAAUAUUCUGGCUUUCCUGGUUCUCCAUACUCGGCUUUUUCCAUACACUUGCAACUCUAUGCAAGGAUAGAUUUGAAUAUUACUCGUCCUCACCAUUCGUGUUGAGGACUGCACACAACAGAGUGCUGACUCUACUUCACUUCAUCUUCGUGGCAAGCUUGCUGCUACUCUGCUUCUCUGUUGUUCUGCUGUUCUUUGUAGCUCCAUUCAACAUAUUUGCAUUCAUGGCUGCUGAAUGCCUUCUUCUUUCAAUCAAGUCCCUCUAUGUCCUUAUCAAGUACUACAUUCACCUGCGUGACGUCGCUCACGUUGGUCAGUGGGAGGGCAAGGUCAUUCUCGUUUAUUACCUCGACCUCUGCUUCGAACUGGCUGCCCUCUGCAUUGACUUCUGUCAUCAUCUCCAUAUGCUGUUAUAUGGUAAUAUAUUCCUCAGCAUGGCUAGUCUCGUUGUCGCCAUACAAUUGAGACAUUUAUUCAUGGAGAUUUUGAAGCGGUUGAGAAGGCACAGGAACUACAGAUCCCUCGUCAAACGCAUGGAGUUGAGUUUCCCGCCAGUUUCCAGAACGGAGCUAGCCCGCCACGAUGAUGAUUGCGCCAUCUGUUGGGAAAAGAUGUUUAGUGCAAGGAAGCUACCCUGUGGUCACAUGUUUCACGAAACCUGCUUGCGAUCGUGGCUUGAGCAGGACACCAGUUGUCCUACAUGUCGCUACAACCUCAACGACAUCCCCCGAGCUGAUGGCACUCGAAGAGGUGACCAGCACAGCAACCAGAAUGACAUCUACAACACAAUACAGAUGCGUCAAAGUCUCCUCUCCACCAUCAAUAACGUCAACAAUUUAGAUGACGGUGUUUUUAGCGACCCUGUGACAGCAGCCGCUAAUGCAGUUGCAGCAGCUUCAGCAGUCGCAGCUUCAUCAGCUGCGGCUUCAGCAGUCGUACCUACCGGAAAUGUUUCAUCUACUUCUCAGGCUUUUGUUCGUUCUCCUCUAUAUCCUCAAUCAAUCAACAUUGUUGCCACUAGGAACACACAGCAGGCUCAUGGUGGUAUGGCGGUAAGCAGUGCAGACGUCAGAUUGUCAGCGUCAAGGAAUGUGGUCGCUUCAACGACUUCAACUGUUUAUAACGCUGCCACUGCUCCCGUUGAUUCCAGCUUGCUCAGAGCUACUGCUCUUGAUUCAGCAGUUGGUACAUCCUCAAGGCAUGCCAUCACAUCAACUGGUGCUCUUAGAAGAUCUGGUGCCGUGGUCGAUGGUGAAUUUGAUGGUGACGAUUUCCAUUAUUUUGAUUACGACGCUCAUCAUAUCAGUGGUUUUGAUUACGAUGAUGCUGAUGAUGAUUAUGAUAGUGAUAAUCGCGUUCUCCAACAAAUUCGUCGCUGGAAUAACAACAACGAUGAUGAUUACGCCUUCUCUACUGCUUUCGAUUCACUGGCAAGAAUGCACUUGAAUGAAAGUGACCAGCUGAGAAGAAGCAGUAGACCCAGCAACAACAACAACAACACUCUGGCAAAUAACAGUGACAGGGAUGUACUUUGGCACUACUGGUCAAGAAACACCAUCCACCAUCGACGUCGUCGCCACCGCAGUAACAACGAUGACGCCAAUGUGGUCAGCAGUAGAAGCUGCAGAGGUGCGGGUACGAAUAACGAAAGCACAAUUGCCGAAUGUGGAGAGGGAAAUGAUGGUGGCAAUAAAAUGAAAAAUAAAAAAGUUACUCAUUCUUCUACUAACACUGUUGAUGAUGUAGAUACUGUGGCUGCCACUACUAUUAGUAACAACACUGGCGGCACCAGCACUACCACAACUACCACCUCACGACAGUGGCAGCAACAGCUUCGUUCUGUAAAUAAAGAUCGUCAUGCACUUCAUAGGAGCAGAGAAAGUAAUACUACAGACAAUAACAACGUCGAAGUUGAAUGUCCUAUUGACUCUGGGGGGGAUAAUGCAAUUGAUAAUGCUAAUAGCCGUGAUAGUCUACUAAGAGAGAGAUUGAGAAAUAGGAGGAGAAAUGAUGAACAUGGUGGGGACACUUUUGAAGAUGAUGAGAAAGGUGAGAGUAUCAAAAGCUCUGGCGAGAGUGACGUCCGUUCCAAUGAGGUUAUCAGCAGCAACAACUACGCUUACAAACUUGGCGACAACGUCGACAACGAUGACGUCAUCAAUGAGAAUGCUUGGUUGCUGAUACGAGAACAGGAGCAACUACUGAGAGACGCUCGGCUGCAGCGUUCUGCAGCAAAUGUGGGCAGCAACUUCGAAGAAAGAAUUUCCAAUGACGUCAUAGCUGCCUCUGUUGUCGAUAAUAGUAGCAAGAAUGAUAAUGCAAGUAGCAAUGGUAAUAAUAAUCCACCUGAUAAUUUCGGUAACAGUUUUCUGUCUGAUCUCUUUGGUUCCAACAGUUGGUUGUCCUCAAUCUUCAGAGCAUCCUCCUCCAACAUCAGUGACCACUCGCACAUGAACAUGAUUAGGCAGAUACAGACCAUCUUUCCAGAUUUUCCCACUGAUGUCUUGUUAGCAGAUUUGCGUAUCACCCACUCUGCUGAUGAAACUGUCAAUAGGAUUUUAGAGGGUGCAUUGGUUAUACCCCUAAGACUUAAAAAACAACAACAACAACAACAACAUGCACACUUACAACAACAACAUAUACAGUCGCAACAACAGCAUUUUCAACAACCAGAAAAGAUACUGCACCAACAAAGUGUGCAACAAAAUGAGAGAUAUAGUCCACAAAGACAUCAGUCACAUAAGAUGAAGAAUGAUGCUUCAACUUCAUCAUCACCGUCUUUCUCCUCAUUGGUUUUGACCUUAUCCUCAUCGCCGUCUGUAUCGCUCCAUGGUGACAGCAACGUGGAAAGUGGUGCUAUCAACAGUAGUAAUAGUAAUAAUAAUGAUAAUAAUAAUAAUAAUAAUAAUAAUAAUAAUAAUAAUAAUAUGAAGAAGAAGAAUGAUGAUAAUAAUGAUAAAGAUGAUGUCAGCAAUUUCAAGAACACCACAAGCCUCGUUACUAAUAUUAAUAAUGAUGAUGAUAAUAAGACUAGUGGUAUCGUCGAUGAUGAUGGUUAUGAAUUCGUAACAUGUCCCACUGGUGAUGAUGAUGACAGUAAAACUGAUAAUAAAAAUAGAGAUAAUAAAAACGAUUAUGACGUUGUCUGUGAUGAUGAGGUUGACGAUGGUACAGCUCACUUUGUUCAAGCUCCGACCUGCAAUAUUGAAAAUAAUAAUAAUAACACUAAUAACAUUAACAACAACAAGAAUUAUAAUAAUAAUAAUAUUAAAAUUAAUGAUAAUAAUGAUAAAGAAAAUGUUGAUGAAAAUGUGCAUCACUUCUCAGAGGACUCCUCUGAUAAUACUGUUAAUAAAUGUAAAGAUAGCAGUAAUGAUACUACUAAAAGUAGUAUUAGUAAUAAUAAUAGUUGUAGUGGUAGUAGUGGUGAUAGUAGCUCUAACAAUAACAGUGGUGGCAAUGGUGGCUGUGUUGGUCGUAGCAGCUCAAAUUCCAGUCCUGUAGAUGGUGGAGUGACUUUUUCCAAUUUCCCUUGGGAGAGAGAAUCAAGUCUCUUAGAGAGGAAGAAGAUUAUGAUUAAGGAAGCUAAGAGGAAGUACAUGCAGAACGUGUUUCGGAAAAAAUGAUGAAAAGGCAAGGUUGAUGCAGUCAAUAAUAACAGACGAUGAUGAAGAUGAUGAUGUUGAUGAUGGCGAUGUUAAUAAAGAAGGCAGUGUUGAUUUCGGUGAGAGCAAUGAAAUGAUGAUGUGAUGAGUAUUGCAGUUUUGUUUUGUUACAUAAAACUAAAAUAAUGUUUGUAUGAUAAAAUGAUGAUUAUAGCUAAGAAGGUGAUGGUGAUUAUGGUGAUGACGGUGAAAGUUGUGGUGAAUGUUUCACUAAAAUCGAAAUUCGAUACUUUUCGUUUAUAGUCAUUUCACAUUCAUUACUAUUUAUUAUUAUAUUUUACUUUAACAGAUUAAUUCUUUCCGUGCAUGACAAUUUGUUAAUUAUUGACUUGACAAUAUGGAUAGUUUGGCUGGUUGUAUGUACAAUUGAAAUUUGCAUGUGUGCUGGAUUUUUGUUAACAGUUGAAUACUCAUUUGAUUGUUUGAUCAAUUUAACUUUCAAUUGUUGAUUUAAUUGGUUAAAACUUCAAAACAGCGAAUAGUGGGAAUUAUUAACCUAUCAAAGGUUUUUAAUUUGGAUUGAAAUUGUUAAAUUCAUAUUGAACUAAUGAACAUCUUGAAGUAUUUGUCUGAAAA